AUGUCCCUCCAGGACGUGGACGGCAUCGCCUACACCCGUGGGCCCGGCAUUGGCGGCUGUCUCAGCGUAGGAUCCAAUGCAAUGCGGACGCUGGCAGCAGCCAUGAAGAAGCCACUGGUCGCUGUGCACCAUAUGCAAGCCCACGCUCUGACACCGUUCCUGACCGAGCCCAUCGACUCGCUCCCGACCUAUCCGUUCCUCAGCUUGCUCAUCUCCGGCGGACACACGCUCCUGCUGCUUGCGAACUCGCCGCGGGACUUCAAAAUACUCGCGACCGCAACGGACGAAGCCAUUGGGCGCACAAUCGACAAGGUCGCCCGAGCACUCCAAAUACCGUGGGCGAGCGGGCCCGAGGAAGGCUACGAACUCCCGCUCUACGUCACGCCCAUGCCCGGGCGCCUGCAGUUCGCGUUCGCGGCCUUCACUCCGUACGCGGUCGCGAGCGCGUUCCAGCGGGCGGUCUUGCGCCACCUGGAGGACAAGCUCGAUCUAGCUCUGCGACACUGCAGCCGGGAGCGCAUACCUAUCAGACAUCUCGUCGUCAGCGGCGGCGUCGCCAGCAACAUCUACCUCGGGAAAGGUGGAUCUAUCAUCCGUAUACCUAUGAGUCCCAUUGCUGACGCACCACCAAGAUUGUUUGAAUAUCUGGAGGAGCAGACGCAUUUCGGUCAUCCCAUCGAUCUGGUAUUCCCUCCGGUCUCUCUGUGCACUGACAAUGCCGCCAUGAUCGCCUGGGCGUCGAUGGACCGUUUCCUCUCCGGGAAUACAGAUCCGUACACGAUUGACUUGAAAGCAAAAUGGAGUAUAGAGGACCUUGACGCUCCACCGUUCAAUACUAUGUUCCCACCCGGAACCAGGCUUCAUGACGUAUAUUACAUUGGAUCUAACGUAGGCGUAUAA